UGGGGGGUCCGCGGAAGAUUGGCUUUGGGCCGGGCCGCUCUGGCGCGAGCAUGGACCGGAGGAAAAAGCCCCUGGACGUCACGGCCUCCUCGUUGGUAGACCUUAAGGCCGAACUCUUCCGAAAACAAGAAGAAUUCAAACAAGAAAAACUUCUAAAAGAUUCUGGAGUUUUGGGAAAACCAAAAACAACUAAUAAGAAACCAAGUAUCUGGAGCAAACAGAAUGCAGGAGUUUCCAGGCGAGCUGAGAAGGAUGCUGAGCAGAAGACUGAGGAACAGAAGACUUUAGACAAAUCAAGGGAAAAGUUGGAAGAAAAAGCCAAAUUAUAUGAAAAAAUGACUAAAGGAGACUUUAUAGAUGAAGAAGUGGAGGAUAUAUACCUUGUGGAUUUCACGCAGAAGAUCAUAGAUAGACACAAAGAAAUGGAGGCGUUUGGUGCCAAUAGAGAUUCUAGAAAGGCAGGAGAACGAGACGAUGAUGAAGAAAAUCUUUCUGAAAAAGACGUACCUCCUCCCCAGGACCCCAGUGAAGAAUGGUUGCGUGUGGCGUCAUCUGGUUACCUGCAGUUCCCCAGACCUACCAAGCUGGUUAAAGCCUCCAGCCUGGACGAGCGCUGUGCCCGUCGCCUGGAAUGCGCUUCCUUCCUUGUUCGCUAG